AGGUUACAGAAAGCGUUUGUUUACAUUCACAGUAUGUUUCGAAGGAUCUGCUUUUAAAGCUUCCUGAGUCUCUUGGGCGUGUUGAGUGCCCAGGACCAAGAUGGAGUCGGCACUGUUGGAUGGCUGGAAGGAGGAGAGGGCGGAGCUGAGGGCGGAGGUGUCUCGCCUGCAGAAUGAGCUGGCUGAGAGUCACGCUGAGAGAGAGGAGCUGGAGUCACGUGCCCAAGCCCUCACAGACAGGCUGUCCCAGUCCCUGGACCCGUCCCUGUGUGUUCCUCUGCGUCUGGACAGUGAGUUGAGAAGGAAGAUGCGAGAUGGCAGAGAGAGGGAGGCCCGGCAGGCUCUACUCAUCCACAAACUGCAGAACAAGGUGCUGGAAUACCGGGAUCGCUGUCAGGGUUUGGAAUACCAGGUGAAGACUGAAGAAAGAGAGCUCCUGAAACGCGAGAGGAGGAUCAGGAAUGAGCACAGUGACUCCUUAGAGAGCGCCCUCAUCAGGCUGGAGGAGGAACAGCAGAGGAGUGUAGGGCUGGCAGAUCUGAACUCUCUCCUUCGUGGCCAGCUCAGCCAAUCAGGCCAGGUAAAUGAAGCACUGAGAGAGGACCUUUGCAAACUGACUACUGAUUGGUCCAAAGCCGUGGAGGAGGCGGGACUGAGGGAGAUGGAGUGGCAGAAAGAUAACGAGCGACUGACCGGUCAUGUAGACCGGGGGCAGGGUCAUCUGAUGUCCAUAUGGGGAGAUGUGGUCACUCUGAGACGACACUGUCACACCAUGAAGACUGCCACUGACAGGGACCUCUGGGAGCUUAGAGCUGAGUUCUCUCGUCUGUCUUCCUCUCUCCUCUCCCACUGUGGUUCAGUGGUGUCUCUAUCUCUACGUCCCAGUGACCCUACAACCAACCUCCCUCCUGCUCCCCGCUCUGCCUCCGCCCCACCCCACUCCUCCACCCUGGGCUCACCUCCUCUCUCCUCCACCCUAGGCCCUCUCUCCUUGCAGGAUCUGGACCACGACCAUAAGGAGAGAGGGAGAGAGAGAGAAGAGAGAGAGAAGGAGAGAGAGAGGGAGCUGACAGAGCUCAGAGCCCUCUAUGAAGCUGAGACCCUGCAUCUGAAUAACAGGAUCUCAGAGUUAUCUCGUACCAUUCAGGAUCAAAAGAUAGAAGGACUGGAGGAGGAGAGGAAGAUGGAGCGAGGGGUGGCUUUGGAGAAGAAAGAGGAGAGAGAAAAGGAGAGACAGACAAACACAGAGAGAACUCUAGAGUGUGUCUAUCAGGCCGUUCUAAAACUGGUAAGACUGACCACUCAGAUCAGAAUAUACAGGUCUGUCAGGCCGUUCUAAAACUGGUAAGACUGACCACUCAGAUCAGAAUAUACAGGUCUGUCAGGCCGUUCUAAAACUGGUAAGACUGACCACUCAGAUCAGAAUAUACAGGUCUGUCAGGCCGUUCUAAAACUGGUAAGACUGACCACUCAGAUCAGAAUAUACAGGUCUGUCAGGCCGUUCUAAAACUGGUAAGACUGACCACUCAGAUCAGAAUAUACAGGUCUGUCAGGCCGUUCUAAAACUGGUAAGACUGACCACUCAGAUCAGAAUAUACAGGUCUGUCAGGCCGUUCUAAAACUGGUAAGACUGACCACUCAGAUCAGAAUAUACAGGUCUGUCAGGCCGUUCUAAAACUGGUAAGACUGACCACUCAGAUCAGAAUGUUCGGUGCAUUUGGGAAGUAUUCAGACCCCUUGACAUUUUCAACAUUUUGUUACGUUACAGACUCAUUCUAAAAUGGAUUAAAUGUUUGUUUUCCUUCAUCAGUCAAGACAAUACUCCAUAAUCACAAAUACUCCAUAAUCACAAAUACUCCAUAAUCACAAAGUCAAACAGGGUUUUUAUACAUUUUUGUUAAUUUAUAAAAAUACAAAAAAUGAAAUAUCACAUAAG